UAGUCUCAAGUUCAGUUGUCAAUUCUAUUGUCUGUUUCUUCCACUAGGUUUUUUAUCGCCUUUAUUUUCUCUCGCGAAUUCAUCUCUGGUCCUACGCCUAUGUAUUGCCACACACGUAUAAAUGUACUUAGCUUCUGCUACAUAAAUAAGCCGGCCGACAUAAUACACAUGCAAUACGUGAUAAGAGUCCUGUCAGUGGUCUUCGACUGGUAACCGAAUCAGUUGGGUGUCACCGCUCGUUUGCGGCUCACCUCGCGUAUUUUGCCAGUGUUUCAUCGAUUACGUAAAAGUCGAUCAUGCGAAUCGCGCUUUGAUCAGAAGGACGCGAUAAGAGGAUAAUAUCUCAUGUGAAAGCACCUAAUGGCGUACAAUCAUUAUUAUUCUGGGGCGCAGUAUGUGCCCGGCGCCGGGCCCAGCGCCGCACCCCAAGAAAGGAUCCGUAGUCUCGAACACGCCCCUACAUAUCCGCCACCGAGAGUCGACAGAUACAGGGGUGGUGCGCAGAUACAGAAGAGAAUGACUCAGAGGGAAGACGUUCUCAAGUUCGAGCAGGGCCGCAUUAAGGCCCUGCAAGAAGAACGUCUUCACAUCCAGAAGAAGACGUUCACGAAAUGGAUCAAUUCGUUUCUUCUGAAGGCGCGUAUGGAGGUGGACGAUCUAUUCACCGAUCUGGCAGAUGGCAAGAAACUACUGAAACUAUUGGAGAUCAUCUCUGGCGAGCGAUUGGCCAAGCCCAACAACGGGCGCAUGCGAGUUCACAAAAUCGAGAACGUGAACAAAUCCCUGGCGUUCCUUCAUACCAAGGUUCGCCUUGAAAGUAUCGGUGCAGAAGAUAUCGUGGAUGGUAAUCCCAGAUUGAUUCUCGGUCUCAUCUGGACCAUAAUUUUGAGGUUCCAAAUCCAAGAGAUCGAAAUCGAUGUAGACGAAGAAAACGAUAGCAGCGAGAAGAAGUCUGCCAAAGAUGCUCUGUUACUCUGGUGUCAGAGAAAGACAAAUGGCUAUCCCGGCGUUAACAUCCAGGACUUUACCGGCUCCUGGAGAAAUGGACUCGGUUUCAACGCUCUCAUACAUGCUCACAGACCGGACUUGGUCAAUUGGUCGGAAUUACAGCAAAAUAAGAACAUCGAUAAUCUCAAUUAUGCCUUUGACGUUGCUAAUUCAGAACUCGGCAUACCACGGCUACUGGACGCAGAGGACGUGGAUACAGCCAGACCAGACGAGAAGUCCAUUAUCACCUAUGUUGCAUCUUAUUAUCACACAUUCGCCAGGAUGAAGAACGAAAUAAAGAGCGGCAAAAGAAUAGCGAAUAUUGUUGGCCAGAUGAUGGACGCUGAUAAGAUGAAAAUUCAUUACGAGAAAUUAACAACUGACCUGUUGGAAUGGAUCAAGAUGAAAAUCGAGGUUUUAGAGAAUCGCAGUUUUCCAAACUCACUCGAAGGUAUUCAACGGGAACUCUUAGCCUUCAAGCAAUACCGAACAGUGGAGAAACCACCUAAGUACAAGGAACGGUCCGAGAUAGAAGCAUUAUACUUCCACAUAAAUACCCGAUUAAAGUCUUUGAAUCAGCCAGCGUUUACCCCACAGGAGGGUCAACUGAUCCACGACAUCGAAAGAAAUUGGGUAGAGUUGGAGAGAGCGGAGCAUCGCCGUGAAGUCGCCCUGAGGACUGAAUUGUUGCGACAAGAGAGGCUCGAGCAAUUGAAUUAUAAGUUUGAAAGAAAGAGGGUACUCAGAGAAGGUUAUUUGAAAGAAAUGAUUCAAGUCCUGACGGAUCCCCGAUAUGGCAGCAAUCUAGCACAAGUAGAUGCCACAGUGAAGAAACACGAGGCCAUCAGCGCCGAUAUUUUGGCACGCGAGGAGCGUUUCCACGAUUUAACAAACAUGUCCGAAGAAUUGGUGCGGGAAAAUUAUCACGGUUUAGAGAGAGUACGCAGCAGAGAGCAAGAGGUGUUGCAAAGAUGGAAAGAAUUGCUGGCUUUGCUGGACAAUCACAAAUCCAAUCUGGUCGCGCUUAGCUCACUAAUGACCUUAAUGAGAGAAAUCGAUACAACGUUGGCUUCCAUCCAAGAGCUUCAGCUGAACUUCCAGAGCACUGACGUGGGUCCACACUUACUCGGAGUCGAGGAUCUGCUGCAAAAACACAGCCUGCAGGAACUGCAGGUGACGGCUCUAGGCGAGAGCCAGAGACGACUCGGUAGACAGGCCGCUCAACACUUGGCACAGCCGCAGAAUAAGGAGGCACCAUUGUUGCAACAAAAGCUGGAGUUACUAAAUCACGCCUAUGACGAACUUGUGGAAAACAGUAAGGAGCGUAAAGCUCGUCUAGAGGACGCCAGAAAUUUCUUCCACUUUCUUCAAGAUCACGAGGACGAAGAGUCGUGGUUGGUAGAGAAACAGCGAAUAUGUAAGGCUGGCAUUUCCGCGAAGGAUUUGCGAGCCGUAAUAUCGCUGCAACAGAAACAUAAAGCCUUGCAAGAUGAGACGAAAGUGCGCAGGCCUAAAUCCGAGCAACUUUGCGAUGCCGGCAGAAAACUGAUAGCCGACAAUCACCCAUCGGCAUUGGAGAUACAGAAUCGAAUAGACUCAUUGCAGGAACACUGGAGAGUCUUGGAGGAACUAGCGGCAUUACGAAAGAAACAGCUGGACGAUGCAGCUGAAGCGUUCCAAUUUUACGCCGAUGCGAACGAGGCGGAUUCGUGGAUGAACGAGAAAAUGGCUCUAGUAGCCUCAGAAGAUUAUGGAGUGGACGAACCAAGCGCUCAAGCCUUGUUGCAAAGGCAUAAAGAUUUGGAGGGUGAGCUAAACGCCUACAAAGGUGAUGUACAGUCCUUAAACACACAGGCGGAGAAACUCAUUAAAUCUGGCAUCUCCACUCUGGAAUUGUCUGCCGAUCCAGAACCAGUCGCCGAACUUGAGCAGGAAGAAUGGAGCAAGGAGAUCAGAUUGGUGCCGCAAGACGAGUGGGUGGACGAAGUAGUCGAACGACUCGAGCCGCGAACCAUUAAUGAGGAUAGACUGGUACCACAAGUGAAGAGUUUAUAUCCGUUUAACGGUCAGGGCAUGCAUAUGGUGAAGGGUGAAGUCAUGUUCCUGUUAAACAAGACAAACCCCGACUGGUGGAGCGUUAGGAAAGCUGACGGUACGGACGGAUUUGUGCCAGCUAAUUACGUGCGUGAGAUUGAGCCAAAGGUUGUGCAAGUGCAAGUACGUAGACCUGAGAAGAUCAAAGUGACACAGCGCGUGAAGAAGACGAAGAUGGUGAAACAGGUGGUACCAAUUCGACGAUUGAAAUCCAUUAAGUCUACUGUGAAGCCGAUUAAGCGAAAGACGGUGAGCGAUGGUGAUAGUGUGGAAAAGCGACAGAAAAAAAUCAAUGAAACUUACAGCGAGUUACAAAAUCUCGCUGUAAAACGUCAUGCAUUGCUGGAGGACGCCAUCAGGCUUUAUGGUUUUUACCGAGAAUGCGACGACUUUGAAAAGUGGAUCAAAGACAAGGAGAAGAUGUUAAGAGUCGACGAUCCUCGCGACAACGUCGAGUCGGCAAGGAGAAAGUAUGAGAAAUUUUUAACGGAUCUAUCGGCUUCCGGGAAACGGGUGGAGGCAAUAGACGCAGCGGUAGAUGAAUUUGUUCGACAAGGCCACAGUCAGCUAGAUAAAGUCAAGACCAGACAGAGGCAUAUUCAUCAACUAUGGGAUCAUCUAAACUGGCUGAAAACACAGAAAGAAAAGAGCUUGGAGGGCGCGUCCAGCGUUGAGUUAUUCAACAGAACUUGCGACGAGGCUCACGAUUGGAUGCUGGAGAAAAUCACCCAGCUAGAUACGGCCGAGUUGGGACCUGACUUGAAGACUGUGCAAGCUCUGCAAAGGAGACAUCAGCAUUUGGAACGGGAAUUGGCGCCAGUUGAAGAAAAAGUACGGAAAGUAAAUUUAUUAGGCAACAGCGUUAAGAGUUCGUAUCCACAUGAAUGUAACAAUGUUAAUGUGAGACAAAACGAGAUCAAAGAUUUGUGGAACCAAGUCCAAACAAAGGCCAAGGAACGACGAUCUCGUUUAGAAGACGCGGUUGGUCAACAGAUAUUCAUAAACAGUUCAAAGAACUUAAUUAAUUGGGCCACAGAUACACAAGAAAUAAUGAAGGCCGAAGAAUCAGUAAGAGACGUUGCUACUGCCGAGCAACUUAAGAAACAGCACAUGGAACUUGGAGAAGAAAUACGAACCAAAGAAGAUGAAUUCCGCGAGGUUGAAGAUCUCGGUAGAGAACUAUUACGUCGUAAUCCAACAUUGACAGAUGUACGCGAACGUCUUGAGAAGUUAAAUGGAUUAUAUCCAACGGUAACAGCGAAUUGGAUAACGAAAGAAGAAUGGCUACGACAAUGUCUAGAAUUACAACAAUUUAAUCGAGAAGCCGAUCAGAUCGAAGCUACUACCAGUUCUCACGAAGCUUUCCUCGAAUUCACGGACUUAGGCGAAUCUUUGGAUGACGUCGAGGCUCUAUUAAAACAACAUGAAAAAUUCGAGAACACUCUUCACGCGCAAGAUGACAGAUUAAAAGCAUUUAGUGACACUGCGGACAAAUUAAUCGCCCAAAAUCAUUACGAAAAAGAUUACAUUAACGAAAGAAGAAAUCAAGUACUAGCUCGUCGGAUGGCAGUGAAAGACGCUGCUCAACGCCGAAGAGCAGCUUUGAACGCAUCUGAGCAUUAUCAACAAUUCUCAGCCGAAGUGGAUGACUUGCGCGAUUGGUUGGGUGACAAAAUGAAAACCGCGGCCGAUGAAAGCUAUCGCGAUUUAAACAAUCUCGAGCGUAAACUACAAAAGCACGAAGCUUUCGAGCGAGAAUUGCGUGCCAAUGAGGGACAAUUAAGAGCAGUCAACAAAGCGGGCAAGGCGCUUAUAUCAGAAGAAAAUUACCGAUCAGACGAUGUAGGAAAAACUUUGAAGGACCUAAAUGAUCAAUGGGACCGAUUGGUAGCAUUGUCGUUGGAAAAAGGCCGUAGAUUGCGACAAGCGGCCUCACAACACGGAUAUAAUCGCACUAUGGAAGAUGCUAGGUUGAAACUAGAGGAGAUAGAGACCUGUUUGCAAAGUAAGCAAGUAGGUACGGAUCUCCGCAGUUGCAAGGAAUUACUAAAGAAACACCAGACCCUCGAGAGCGACAUGUGUCAAUGGGAGCAGAAGGUGGACGAUCUGGUGGCCAUGGGUCAGGAAAUGGCACACGAGGGUCAUUUCGAUGCGGCAAAUAUUCUGAAGACCAGUCAAGCGACCCAAAAAAAAUUCCGCAGCCUGAAAGAACCAGCUAAGCGACGUCGAGAAGCAUUGGAGGAGAGUCUACGCUUCCACAAAUUUGGCUUCGAGUUGGACGCAGAAUUGCAAUGGAUCAAGGACCAUUUGCCUCAAGCAUCCUCAACGACACUCGGACAGAACCUGCAUCAGGCCCAAACUUUGCACAAGAAACAUAAGAAGUUAGAAGCGGAGAUUGCUGGUCAUCAGCCUAUGAUAGAUAAGACUCUGGCUUCUGGACAGACACUCAUUGAUCAAGUUCAUCCGGAGAAGAAAAAGAUCCAAGAACUGUGCGAUGUUCUGGAUGAUGCGUGGAGAGAUUUACAAGACAAAGCAGGAGAGCGCAGCAGAGCAUUGGACUUGUCCCUAAGAGCACAAGAAUUCUUUUUCGAAGCCGGUGAAGUCGAAAGCUGGCUUAAUGAGAAAAACGAUGUGCUGAGUUCUACCGAUUAUGGCAGGGAUCGCGAUGCUGCCACGAAAUUAUUGACAAAACAUAAGGCAGUUGAGUUGGAAUUAGACACAUACAAUGGCAUUGUGACAGAAAUGGGACACACUGCUUCUACAAUGAUCAACUCAAAGCAUCCCGACAGCAAAGCGAUAGCCAACAAGCAGCAAGCGAUUGUUCAACAAAUGCGCGCCUUGCAGAGACUAGCUACAGUAAGACAGCAACGUUUAAUGGAGAGCAUGUAUCGGCAUGAAUAUUUCCUAGAAAGCAGAGAGUUGGAACAAUGGAUUAAAGAGCAAGAACAAGCAGCCGCGUCGGAGGAUUACGGACAAGAUUACGAACAUCUGCUGCUAUUGCAAGCGAAAUUCAAUGAUUUCAAGCAUCGAAUAGAGGCUGGCUCCGAGAGGUUUAAUCAGUGCGAAGAAUUAGCCAGAAAACUAAUCGCGAACGAAAGUCCUUAUAUCCAGGACAUCGAAAAACGUCAGGAACAAUUAGGAUCUGACGAAGACGAUCCGGUGCUUCAAGUACAAAAUCGACAGGAGGUAAUGAAAGAAUCGUGGCAACAUCUAUUGGGUCUCAUCCGAAAUCGCGAACAACGAUUGCAAGCGGCAGGCGAAAUUCAUCGAUUUCAUCGCGACGUGGCGGAAGCGCUAUCACGAAUACAAGAGAAAGAGGCUGCUUUGCCAGAGGAUCUUGGUCGUGACUUAAAUUCCGUUUUAGCUUUAAUUAGACGACAUGAAGGAUUCGAGAAUGAUUUGGUUGCUUUGGAGGCUCAGCUGCAAGUGUUAGUCGAGGAUGCGUCCAGAUUACAAGUACAUUAUCCGGGCAACAACGCAGUGCACAUCGAUCAACAGCAACAAAUCGUUGUUGCUCAUUGGGAGGAAUUGAAAGAAAGAUCUGCUCAUCGAAGGGAUCAAUUACAAGCUAGCUGCGAUUUGCAACGAUUCCUUACUCAGGUAAGGGACCUGAUGAACUGGGCAGCUGGACUUCGUGCUACAAUGUCGACGGAGGAAAAGGUUCGAGACGCGGCCAGCGCGCAAAUUUUGAAAGCAGAGCACGAAGCUCUAAAAGGAGAAAUUGAAGCACGAGAGGACAGCUUUAGCUCAGUGCUCGAUUUAGGCGAAGCUAUGGUGCAAACUGGUCAUUACGCCGCUAUGGAGGUCGAGGAAAAGUGUAAUCAGCUAUUGGAUGAGCGACAGAGGCUACACACCGCUUGGCAGCAAAAGAAAGUGCACUUGGACCAGCUAAUCGAUUUGCAUUUCUUCCUCAGAGACGCCAAACAACUUGACACCUUGUCUAGUACUCAGGAAGCUGCACUGAGCGGCGAUAACUUCGGAGUCUCAGUCGAAGAAGUAGAUGCGCAAAUGAAAAAACACAACGAAUUUGAAAAGCUGUUAGUCACCCACGAAGAGAAGCUGACGGCGCUGCAAGAGCAUGGGAACAAACUUCUGGAGCAGAAUCAUUUUGACUCACCGACGAUCGCCCGACGAUUAAACGAGGUCAUUCAAAGACGCGCAAGAAUUCGUGAUCUGUGCGAUGCGCGAAGAAGAAGAUUGGAAGCCAGUUUGCUACAUGUACAGUUUGUUAGAGACGUUGGUGAAGCCGAGUCUUGGAUAGGCGAAAAGCAGAAAAAGUUGGAAGCAGAAGCAUCCAAAGGCGAAGUAUCCAGCUUGGAAGACAAGAUCAAAAAGUUACAGAAGCACCAGGCAUUCCAAGCAGAGCUGGCAGCAAAUCAGAGUAGAAUUGAAGAAAUUAGAGCAAAAGGAGAGACUUUGUUAGCGCGAAAACAUCCAGCGAGUGCGGAAAUUCGUCAGCAAUUAGAUCAUUUACAUGCAUCCUGGCGAAAAUUGUUGUUGGAAUCUGGAAAUCGAGGCAGAGGUUUAGAAGAGGCUCAAGAUAUUUUGGAAUUCAACAAUCAGGUGGAAAAGAUCGAGGCUUGGAUCAGAGAUAAAGAAAUGAUGGUUCAGGCUGGUGAUACUGGAAAGGAUUAUGAGCACUGCUUAAGUCUUCAGAGGAAACUCGAUGAUGUAGACAGUGAUAUGCGAGUGGAUGAUUCUAGAAUAAAAUCGAUCAAUGCUUUGGCGGAUAAACUUAUAAAACAGGGUCGUGAUAAUGAAUCAAAAGCAAUUCAACAACGGCGCGAUAACUUUAAUAAUAAGUGGAAAGGUUUGCAAGGUGCUCUAAGCGCGUAUCGCGAAACAUUAGCUGGUGCAUUAGAGAUUCAUCUAUUUAAUCGAGAUAUUGACGACACAAACCAAAGAGUUAUUGAGAAAUCAGUGGCCAUGAACACGAGUGAUACAGGAAAAGAUUUACCUGCUGUCGAACAGUUGCAAAGAAAACAAGAGGCUAUGGAGCGAGACAUGACAGCAAUAGAAGGAAAACUGAAGGAACAUAAGAUAGAGGCGCGAAACUUAUCGCAUAAAUACCCAGACAAGGCAUCCGAAAUAAAUGGGAUAUUGUCCGAACUUCAAUCUAACUGGGAUGAUCUACAACGUGUGACUCGACAACGACGCGAUGCUUUGAAUCAAGCCUAUACAUUACACAAGUUCCAAGCUGAUCUGCAUGAAUUGGAUAUUUGGGUGGCAGAUACUAUCAAACGCAUGGAUGAAUCCGAACCACCGACCACUAUAUCCGAAGCUCAAGCUGUACUAGAACUACAUCAAGAAAGGAAGGCAGAGAUUGACGGUAGACAAGAUAUAUUUAAAGGUUUAAAAGAUCAUGGGCAUAAACUCCUGUCAAUCAACCAUGACGUCAAGGAUAAUCUUGAACAUUUGGAAGAACUCAGGCAAACCUUGGGAAAUGCUUGGGAUAAUCGCAGACAAAAAUUAACACAAGCGCAUCAAUUGCAAUUAUUCAAAGAGCAAGCCGAUCAGGCUGACAGUUGGUUGGCGACGAAAGAAGCAUUCCUCAACAACGACGAUCUUGGUGAAUCGUUAUCGGGCGUCGAGACGCUGUUACGUAAGCAUGAGGAAUUCGAAAAGAUGUUAGCGUCUCAAUUAGGACGUAUUGAAGAACUCGAAAAAUUCGCAAAUGAAAUCUUAUCGCGUGAACAUGCGGAUGCAGGUAUAAUAAAGCAGCGACUUACUUCGGUUUGUACCAGAAGGGACAAAUUGAAAAAUAGUGCAACAGCUAGAAGAAAGAAACUUUUGGAGAGUCAUCACUUGCACCAAUUCCUCAGGAACAUAUAUGAGGUGGACGGUUGGCUACAUCAGAAGCAACAGGUGGCGGGCGAUGAAAAUUAUAGAGAUUCCUCAAAUUUGCAAAGCAAGAUACAGAAACACGCUGCAUUCGAGAGCGAGUUGAUGGCAAAUAAAGGGAGAGUUGCGGCAGUCGUCAAUGAGGGCGAAGCGCUUAUCGAGGAAAAUCACUACGCCUCGAAGGAUAUACAGGAACGUUUGGACGAAUUGGAGGCAGAAUGGCGUCUUUUACAAGAAACUAGCGAGCUAAAGAAGAACCGGUUGAAUGAUGCGUAUCAAGCCUUGCUAUUCGGCCGCAGUUUGGACGAAUUCGAGACAUGGAUGGAUGAAGUCGAAACUCAAUUGCAAUCAGAGGAUCAUGGCAAGGACCUAUCGAGCGUGGCGAAUUUGUUGAAAAGGCACACUAAUUUGGAAAACGAUGUGCUCGGUCACAACGAGGCGUGCGAAUCUAUCAAAGACACCGCCGCCAGCUUUCAGAAAUCAAAUCAUUUCUUGAGUGACGAGAUUCAAAAGAGAGCGUUAGUUACGAUCAACAGAUAUCACAGUCUUCAGGAGCCGAUGCAGAUACGCAGGGAUAAUUUGGAAGACGCGAAGUUACUGCAUCAAUUCGCGAGAGAUGUCGAAGAUGAAUUGCAUUGGUUAUCGGAAAAGGAACCAUUAGCCGCGAGCAACGAUCUCGGUAGCUCUUUGACCACUGUACAACGAUUGCAAAAGAAACACCAUACUUUGGAAGCAGAACUAUUGUCCAGAGAGCCUGUAGUAGCUUCACUGGUUAGCAGAGCGACUGUGAUGAUUAGAAGUGGACACUUUGCAGCGGACAAGAUUGAACAGUUGACUAAAAAGUUGCAAGAGGAGUUAUCGCACCUUAGAGAUCUAGCAAGUGUCAGAAAAUUGAGAUUACUCGAUGCUGUAGAAUCACAAAUGUUUUAUGCCGAAGCUGCAAAAGCUGAGCAAUGGAUUAGAGAGAAACAUCCACAACUUAGUUCAUCUGAUCAUGGCAAGGAUGAAGACUCUGUGCAGUCUCUGCUGAAGAAGUUAGAAGGUAUUGAGCGUGACCUGUCCGGUUUUGAAAACACGGUCGAUAAUCUGAAGAAACUUUCGCGUGGCCUAGUCGAACGUCAUCAUUUUGAUAGCAAGAAUAUCGCACAAAAACAAGCGGAUAUUGAAUUUAAAUUCAAAGAAUUGCAAAAAUUGAAAGAAUAUAGACUGCAAAGAUUAUCGGAAAGCGAGAAGUUUUAUAAAUUUAUCAGACAAGCGGAUGAAGUGAUUGAAUGGAUCGGGGACCAAACAACGAUCGCCGCAUCGGAGGACUACGGAUGUGACGUAGAACACGUGGAACUACUGAUUCAGAUAUUCGAUAAUUUCCUAGCUGGCUUAACGACCAGCGAAGGACGUGUAUCGGCUGUACUCGACGAGGGGCAAAGGCUGAUCGAGCAGAACAAUCCCGAAAAAAGCAAGAUACUUCAGAAAAUUGACGAAACAAAACAACAAUGGGAGGACUUGAAAGAAUUAGCGCACGCUCGACAAGACGCGUUGGCGGGCGCCAAACAGGUUCAUAUGUUUGACAGGACAGCCGAUGAAACUAUCUCCUGGAUACAAGAGAAGGAAGCAGCUCUCAGCUCGGAUGGCUAUUGCCAAGAUUUGGAAACAAUUCAGGCACUGGUAAGGAAACAUCAGGGAUUUGAGACUGACCUGGCGGCUGUGAAGGAACAAGUGGAGAGUCUAAUGGAGGAAGCAUCAAGGUUGAUUGAGCUGUUCCCUGAUGCGCGUAUACACAUCAACGUGAAACAUCAAGAGGCAGAAGCGGCCUGGGCCGAAUUACUAGAGCAAGCGGCGCAGAGGCGAAGCAAACUAGCUCAAGCAGAACAGUUGCAGACCUAUUUGGGCGAGUACAGGAAGCUGAUAUCUUGGAUAAACGAGAUGGUGGCCAAGGUGACGGCGCCAGAAUUAGCACGGGACGUUCCUGGUGCCGAAGUGCUGCUUUCCAGGCAUAACGAAUACAAAUCAGAGAUUGAUACGCGCGAGGAAGCCUUUGAGAAAUUCUAUCGAACCGGACAGGAGCUAAUCGAGCAGGGACAUUUCUUGGCGAAAGAGAUCGAGGACAAAAUAUCGGUAUUGCAACAACGCCAACAGAUCCUAAAGGACACAUGGCAGAAGAGAAGGCACAUUUACGAACAGAAUUUGGAUACGCAGUUGUUCAAGAGGGAUGCCGAAACCCUGGAAAAUUGGAUAGUCAACAGGGAGCCGAUGCUGCAAGACGAAAAAUUGGGAGAGAGCAUUUCGCAAGUGGAGGAGUUGAUAAGGAAGCAUGAGGACUUUGAGAAAACUAUACAGGCACAGGAGGAAAGAUUCAGCGCGCUUAACCGGAUAACGAUGCUAGAGGAAGCCUUUCAAAAGCAGCAAGAGGAAGAAAUGGCUGCGCGCCAAGCGGAGAAAGAGCGUGUCGAACGCGCGAGGAUCGAGGAACGGAAACGUAAAGAGGUGCAAAGGAUAACCGAAGAGCGGAAACGUGAAGAGGAACGUAGGCGAUUAUUAGACAAUUCUCAUCGCGCGCAACACGACGAAGUUAAUGGCUCGGUUGACGAACAUGAAUCUGCGAAUAUGUUAUCUCCGCUGAAAGGUGCUAUCAGUUCCGAAACAACAGAACCUCCGACACCUCAGAAGCCAUACGGUCUAUCGCACAUGUUUAGCGAAAAAUUAAGACGAGCAACUUCGGAUAUUAAGAGGGCCGAAAGUAUGAAAGUGGAUACGAAAAAACCAAAACGAACUCCGAGCUUCACGACCAGGCGAAGAACGCAAAGCUUCCGAAAACUACAACGAAUGGAGAACAUGGACGACCUGCGACCAGUCGAGAUUCAAGGUCUUCUUGAACGAAAGCACGAGCUUCAAAGUGCUGGCAAAAAGGCAGCCGUUCGAUCGUGGAAGCAGUAUUACACUGUAUUGUGCGGACAACUGCUAUGCUUCUUCAAGGAUACAGAUGAUUUUGCAUUAAGCAAAGCGGCUACUGCCCCGAUAACAAUUUUCAAUGCUAUAUGCGAGAAAGCAGAUGAUUAUACGAAGAAGAAAAACGUAUUUCGACUGAAAUGCACGGACGGUUCGGAAUUCUUGUUUUUAGCACCAAGUCAAGGGGAGAUGGAAGACUGGGUUAAUAAAAUCUCAUUUCAUGCAAAAUUACCACCGAGUAUGCAACUCUUAAGCUACGAUGAGUCUCAAAAGAUGCAGCAAGACGGCUUGCAAAGGUUACAGAGUUCGAAGCUCGAACACGCGGAUGACAACGCGUCGACCGGAAGUAGCCGCGCUUCCACACCGGAGAUGGAACGCAAGAACUCUGUGAUCAGGCGCGAUCCCAUUUCGCCAAAUCAACACUCACCCAGCUCGGUACAAAUAGAGUUCCUGCAGAUGCAUCGGCACAAUCAGCAACGGCGCAACGACGUGCAAAACUCCGAAACGUUCUUGGCGUCACAGAAAUCCGAGCAACCACAGACUCAGACGGAAUUUCUGCAGAUGCACAGGCAACAACAGCUACUCGCGCAGCAGCAGCAGCAGCAUCAGUUAAUACAGCAAGAGCAGCUGGCGGCUCAGCGGGAUCAAUAUCAACAGAAUUCCGCGAUGCUGGGAACCGACAAACCGCCUAUACCGCCGCGAGGCGCUCCUCCACCUAUCCCUUUGCGUUCCAGUUCAGAAAAUAUGGUGCAAUACAGACGAAAUGAUAUAGAACAUCAUUUACCACAAGGAAGGCCUAAUGUUUAUCAACAACGAAGUGCAACAUUAAAUCACAAUGGUUCCAGCCAGUAUUCAUCGAACGAGCCACCAGUAUGGCAUCGACAAAACAGUGUAGAUCUUCCUCUGCAACAUCAAGAAUUAGCACCUCCAUUGCCAUCGAGUGCUCCUCCGCCGACUAGAAUGGUUCAGUGGAAUAUUCCUCAUGAUUCUGCAUAUGGGAAUGUACCAAACAUUAGACAGGGUAUACAGCAACAAAACAAUGCUUACACUGGUAGACCGACAUCGUUGCCGCCUUAUGUCGCUCCGCCAGCAGCUCCACAAACUGCGUCAGAGAGUGGAUCAGAAAGUGAGCAAAGCUCGGGUGGCAAUCGGAAAGAUUACAAACGCAGUUCCGUAUUGAGCAAUCUAUUCGGUAGACGCAGAAAACCCUCUCAGACGUAACACAGUCUCCAGGAGUUUUACAAAGCGCAUUUAUAUAUAGAUACGAUUUACAACCUUUCAUACAAGCUGUAAACGUGAUGCAAAAAAAAUAAUCUUCCUCGUAAAACGAACGACAAAGUUCCUUGAUUAUUUUACCGGAGAUUUAAAUACGUGGUUACGUUCAUUAAACAGUACAUAGUAAUUUAUUUAUCUUCUUUUGGGAAGUAUUAUAAUAAUUUC